UUAUACUGAAAAUAGCAUAAGUAAACAUAACAUCUUUAAGACAAACAAGACUUGGCUAAUUUUGAAAUGAGGAUUUCUUGGCGAACGUUUCCCAAAUUGCUGAUUGUAGUGCCCUUACUCCAUUUGUAUUUGGCACACUGUGUUAAAGCCGAAUCUGAGGAUCUUAAGCGACGCAAGGAAUCUGAGCAACCUAAUGUACAGAAUGUGAACAUUGCCUGGAUGAUGAAGCAGGCAAAGUUGCGAAAAACGUAGUUGGACACCCUGUACGGAAGCUCCACGGGGAGGAAGUAAAUGCACACAAAUUACCCCAAGCCAAAAACUUAUCGACAAGCGUCGCUCGAACUGAAACGGAAGCAGAAAGUCAAGGUGCAAAACCAAAAAUCAUUACACCUGUUCACAAACACACAACAAGCCGGGGAAGAUGUGAGUGUAGAAAGCGUAGAAAUCGAAUGGACAGCGGAGAAUAAUGUGAGGCACGUCGAGCCACAAAAUUUAACGCUCGUAGUUCAUCCGCAAGGGUUGAAGAAGUUCUUUUUUGGGGUUGAGGUAACUCGGUUUUCGGUUCGACCAUAUUUUUUCGGGGAAAACUUGUCACGGUGCAUGCUCACCGCUUUUUGUUGCAUGUGGCAGGCGACACAAAUGCGGGCCAAACGAAAUUUUUACUGUUUUGAUAUCUGAAAUUAAUAAACUUAAUGAGCGACCAGCGACAGAUAGACAUCUGCAACAGGUUA